AAAGUAGGACAGUGUUUGCACAGACACACUUCUUGUAAGGACUUGUUAGCCGUGUGUAUUUAUAUUACGUGUGUAUUUAUUAUAUGUGUCACACAGUAUCUUUCUGAACAACUUAAAUCAUCUGUAGAGAUCACGCGUUUAACAUUUGAAGGUUAAUACAUCUUUAUGUCUCUGUAUGUAUACAUUUAGUGUAACCCACUAUAUUUAGGGCAUUCUUUUUUACAACUAUAUAAAGCACUUUGUUAGACAGAAUACAGAUACAGUUUAUAUUAAUAUAUGUAUUUACUUGUUUAAAAAAAGAAUGAUGCUAAUCGACAACUUUUUCAUCAAUACUAAUUUACUUAAUUAUCUUUUCAAAUAAGCUGUUCUGUAUAAGAUUUAUACCAAAUUACUCCUUUUAUUGUUUAUGUUUUAUUUUUUUGCUUAGAUACUUUGAUUUAAAAAUGUGGAGGACAUUUGGUCUCAUUUUUAUACUGCUAUUUAUAGGUAAGUUAAAAACAAAAUCCUAGCACUUUACAUAAUCUAUUCAAAUAAUUAAAAAUUUUCGUGUGCUGAAUUUUCAUUAUUCUUUUACUAGGUAAAUGCAGAAUUGAGCCUAGAAUUAAGCCCGUUGUAUUUUAAUAAGUGCUGUGCAAAGGGGUCUCCAUUAAUUACUUCAAAAAUUUUACGCAAUUUUUGAACCCCUUUCCCUCCUUGUCAACAAAUGUCAUACUUUCAGUGCCCCCCCCCCCUAUUUAUAUAUGUUAAUAUUUUAUAACCCUCCGUAAAAAUUGAAUUAUAAUAUAUAAAUUUAUAUAUACAUUUUACUUUGUGCUCAUCUAUUUUAAUUACACAUAAUUUUAGGAAAAACAUUCCAUUACAAGUUUAAUUUUUUAAUUAAACAAGUUUAAAAAAAUAUUUCACUUAAAUUUUUUANCUUUGCUUCAACUCGUUCACUGACCCUCACUUUCCUGUCUAUCUCUCUGAACUGUUGCUUCCUUACAUCCCCACAAGACAACUACGUUCUUCCAUUGACAGUAGAACCCUCUCAAUCCCAAGAACUAAAACUAAGACCAUCGGUGAACGCUCCUUCUGCUUCCAUGGGCCCACGUUCUGGAACCAGCUCCCCUUCCAUAUACGUCAUAGUGAAACCUCGUCCAUUUUCAAAAAGUCCCUUAAAACUCAUCUGUUUAGGUCCGCCUAUGACCUGUGAUGCACCCUCCUUGCCCUACCUAAUUUUCUGUUUCGGUUUAAUCCUGAAGUGUCAAAGUGUCCUCUUUUUAUAGCCAUUUUCAUUGUUUCUAUAGAAUAGUAGUUACUAUCCUAGUGUCUCAUUUGUAUUUACUUAGUUUACAUGUUUUAAUAAUUGUAAAGCGCUUAGAGCUUUAUGAUAAGCGCUAUAUAUAAAAAUGCCUAAAUAAAUAAAUAAAUAAAUUUAAAUUUCUAUGUACUGUGGCGCCUCCAGUAAUAAACGGUUACACUAACCGACCACGUUUUGUUUUUUCCACCCUCCCCCAUCUGAAAAUCGAAACCCCACUCCCUCUCCCUUUUCAACAGCUGUCAAAUAUUUACACACCCCCCCCCCCCAUUUAUUUGGUUGACUAUUUAAGGACGGCCCCAAAGGUGAUUGUAUGCACAUCUUUGUAAAAGCCAGUAAAAAGAAAUUAUACGGUGACACUGCGGGGUAUUUUGUACAGAUGUUUUGCUUUGUUUUAUUUUAGUAAAGCUUAAUUAGCUUUGCCACUCAUUGAGUUAUAAGAGAUAUCUGCACUUUAUUAUAGGAUGUCAAGAAGUUAACAAAUGAUUAAAAAGAUAAAUAAAGAAGCCAAAGAAUAUUACAAUCCCUAUAAUAAUGUCUGCACAUAAUUUAGUACUUUGUUUCUCUCCCAACCGUUUGAAUAAAACAAGUAAAUUUUAAGAAAUUGACUUAAAUUAUUCUCAAUUCGAUCCUCAAGUGAUGAAGAACGAACAGCUUGCGUUGAAUUCAACGAUUUGUUUAAGCGCACUGAAGCUAAGCGUUCCUCCUAUUAACCUAAAUUAAGCUCCAUUCCUGGUCAACACCAACUUAAAUCCUAGUCUAUUAAUUUACAAGGAAAGAAAGGGAAAUCCACGUCUUUUGCCUACUCCAAUUCAGAAUUUAAACAUAUCGAAACAGGAAUUAACAUGCUCCUUCUCAACAAAUAAAAGUAAGGAAUAUAUAAAACGUUGAUAACGGAUAUGGCAUCAAGGAACUUAAAAAAACACUAAUUUUCAUAUUUAUACUCAUAGCAGACAUAUUAAAUAUUUAAACAAAUAUAAAUGUGUAUAUUAAUAUCGGCAUUGAAAGUCCAAUUUGGAGGGCCGAUUACAAAUGUCUGCACUCAACUAAGUUUUUGAUCAGUGUCCUUAUAAAAAUUUUUAUUUACACAGUAAUUCUUCUAAAUUCAUAGGAACACACAUUAAAAUUGAACACUUAUUUUUGCAAAUGAAAGAAAUAUGAUUAACUAUUUUGGCAAUAUAGUUUUCUAAAUUUUAAAUUUAAAAAAAAAAAAAAAAAAAAAAAAUAUUUUUUUAUUAUUUAAAAAAAAAAAUUUAUAAAAAUUUUUAUUUACACAGUAAUUCUUCUAAAUUCAAAGGAAAACAAAUUAAAAUUGAACAAUUAUUUUUGCAAAUGAAAAAAAUAUGAUUAACUAUUUUGGCAAUAUAGUUUUCUAAAUUUUAAAAUUAAAAAAAAAAAAAAAAAGGAAACUUGUUUUUUUAUUAUUUAAAAAAAAAAAUUAGGCCAGAGUAUCCCAAACCAUUUAUUCGUACUGUAGCUCUUUAAGAAUACGGGAUAUCUUAAGUCAACUUUAAAUGAAUUAAUUUUUUACCUAAUACAUAUUAAUAAUAAUUAUAUUACGAAUAAAAAAAAAUACUUAUGAACACACAUAAGUACGUGAAGUCGUCGACUUACUAUAAUUAUUGGUAUGUAUAGCCCCAUUUCCUCAAAUCUUGAAAUCAAACUAUAAAUCAUCCAAAUUUUUCUCUCCCCAUUGAUUUUGUCGUAAAAACCUUUCGUCGGAUCAAUACAGUAUUCGAAAAUAGUCGCAAAUAGAAGUAGCAUUCUCCGAGUUUUAGUGCUAAGAAGAUAAAAUUUAUCAUUACAAAUUGUUCAAUUUUCUUCCUUAUUCAUUCACUUUAACGGGGAGUUAUCGCUUAGAGGUACCCUAUCUGUCUUAAUGUGUUACGUCUGCUGAAGGCUCAUGUUGUAGACUUUAAGAGUUUUCUUAAUAGAUUUGAUCCAUCGCUAGAGUUGUCUUCCCCUUGAUUAGAAACUGUAGUGCCUACUAUUGUAGGCUGAACAUGCGAGAUUACAAACAAGCAUAAUAAACAAAUUGCUAGACUAAGUAAUUCUAUGUUUUGCCAUAUAAUCGUUAAUUGGCUCUAGUUCUCUAAUUUCUGUUACAAAUGUGAUCCCCUCACGUGUAUCAGCUGUAAAUUAAAAUAAUUCGAUAAAUUCACUUAAUUUGAAAACAACUUGAGUUGAUGGAAGCUCUGAAAACUAACUCAACAUUAACAGCUAGAGACAUGGGUAGCUAUUAUAAGAAACAUGAAGUACCAACUAAGUUCACAAACUAUUUGGUAUUCUAAAACAAUAAAUAAUUGUUGACUGCUUCUGGUUCACUAUUCCAAAAAGAGUUAUUAUUUAGGUAAUUACUGAUUUGCCUCAAGUUUAUUAGAUCUCAGGUUCCCUCCAAACUUAAUUGAAAAGUAAUUGCAAUUAUGAAAAGUGUGAAAUAUUUCAAAGCAACCCUAUGAGAUAUCUACAACUCUCGAGUUUUCGGUAAGAAACAGUUUGGCAACCAGUUCAUCCGGCGUUUUUCAUUCCAUAUAGUUAUGCUCUCAAGCUAUGUUCGUCCACCAAACACUUAAAGCCAUUAACACUCACUUAACACCCCUAUCUCCACACAUUAAAAUAAAAGUUAAGAAUAUUAUUUUUGCACAAUUAUCUAUACAUAUAAAAAUGAAUGUUUGUAUGUAUGUAUGUCUCGUAUGCGCUCCUACACCAUUUAUGCGAUUGCGACAAAACUUUGGUCAGUUGUCCAACUAAUUGGCCAUUUAACUGAGUCAUUGAAAACCUUAUAAAAUGUUUCAUUCCUAGCCGUUGCCCUUAAUUCGUUUUUUUUUCUUCUGUGAGCUUUGUAAAAAAUAUUUUCCACAUUCGCUCCAACGCCAUUUAUCCGAUUCUGAUAAAACUUUGGUGAGAUGUUGCCAGCAUGCUCGUAAAUGUUUCUAAAUUAUUACAAGCGUUUUAAAAUAUUCAGUUUUGAGCCAGGGGCUCUAUGUUGCAUUUUCCUAAAAUGAGCUAUAUAAAUAUAUUUUCAAACCGUAUGCGCUCCUACACUAUUCAUGCGAUUGCAAAACAACUUUGGAAAGUUCUUUUUCAUAAGGCGUAGCAUUUAAAUGUGUUAUUUAAACACUUAAAAAAUAUUUUGUUUUUGGCCGUUGGCCCUUAAUUCGUACUUUUUAUCAUAUGAGCUUUGUAAAAAAUAAUUUUUGCAUGCGCUCCUACGCCAUUUAUUCCAUUACAUUAAAAUUAAUAAGAUGUAGCCGCCAGCACCACCGCAAGGUUUUUAAAUUAUGAGACGCGUUUUAAAAUAUUCCGUUUUGACCCAGGGACCCCAUGUUCCUUUUUUCUUUUAUAAACUAUAUACAUAUAUUAUCAAACCGUAUGCGCUCCUACACCAAUAAUGCGAUUGCGACAAAACUUUGGUGAGUUGUUAUCAAUACGCCUGCGCAUUUUACUCAUUCAUUACAAUACUUUUAAAAUAUUCCGUCUUCAGCCGUUGGACCCAAAUUAAUGUUUUUACUUAUAUGAGCUUUGUAAAAAUAAUUUCCAUAAGUGCUCCUAAACCAUUUCCCAGAAUGCAAAAAAACGUUAGUGAGAUGUGCAAUCGCCCCCAAAGGUUCUUAAAUUAUUACAACCGUUUUAAAAAAUUCAAGUUUGAGCCAGGGGCCCUAUGUUCGUUUUUUCUAACAUUAGCCAUAUACAUAUAAUUUCAAACUGUAUGCGCUCCUACACCAUUCAAGCGAUUGCGAUAAAACUGAGCUAAUGCACGGAUGGAUACCUUUUUAAGAAACUACAAAUAUUGACAUUAAAUUGUGUGUGUGACAUAUUAAGUAGGUUUCUGAAGUAAUACAACAAUUCUACAAUAUUCCGUUUGUGGACGGGGGCCCAAAAUUCGUUUUCCACUCUUUUAUUAACUAUAUAAUUAUCGUAUGCAUUUCUAAACCAUUUAUCCGAUUGUGAUAAAACGUAAUCAAUUGAAAUGCGCAAAACCGCAAACGUUUCUAAAUUAGAAAAACCUUUUACAAUAUUCCGUUUUGGCCAGUGACCAUAAUUUCAUUUUAUAACUAUAAUUUCAAACAGAUCUAUUGCAUGUGUGGAUGGAGCUGAAUCCACUCGCAAAUUCACAACCAUUUUACAAUAUUCUUUUCGUUUUCUUAAAUGAGCUUCAUCAAUAUAAUUUAAAACGGAGCUAUCAACACUACCGUCCUUGAACAAAUUACACAUUUGUAGUAAAGCAGAGAAAACACGUUUUUCAUUUUUAGUGUAGAGAGUAUUUUUGUUAAUCUUAUAAAUCAGCUUGAAUUUUGUGACGCAUUUUAGAAUCGGAUAUGACGUUGAACACAUGUUGUUUUUUUUAAAUUAAAAGUAUUUCUUGAAUAGAGUCUUAUAAUUUCGGAGUUGUUUUGUGUUACGUAAAGACAUUUUACAUGAAUCGAAACCGAACGAGGAUUGCAACAUGGACACAUUUUAAUUUGAUUGAUCGAAAAAGGCAAACGAGAUCACAUUGAUAAAGUCAUUUCUGCAGAAAUACCAGAUGCCAACAUUAAUCAAUACCUAUUAGAAAUCGUCACCAAAAACAUGAUUUUACGGUCCAUGUGGAUUACUCGACAAAAAUUCACCAUGCAUGUCUGAUAGGAAAUGCACAAAACGAUACUCAAGAGAUUUAAUUGCGGAGACUAUCGCUGGCAAUGAUGGCUAUCCACUGUAUCGUCGAUGAUAAACUGAAGAUGGCAUUAAAUCAAUCACUUUAAAAGUACGAAGCAAUUAUGUUGAAGUCAAUAAUCGUUGGGUUGUACCGUAUUCACCGUUACUCUCGUAAAUAUUCGAAGCACACAUCAAUGUCGAGUAUUGAAAUUCGGUGAAAUCUAUCAAGUACAUUUGCAAAUAUGUUAACAAAGGAAGCGAUGUGGCAGUUCUUGGAGUAGAAACAAAUCUGGCUCAAUCGAUAAAUUCUAACAAUAUCAACUUGGACGCUACAUGAAUAGAAAUGAAGCAUAUGGCGCAUUUUAUCUUUCCCAAUCCAUGAAGGCCAUCCAACAGUUGUUCAUUUCGCAGAGCAUCUUGAAAACGGACAGCAAGUGUACUUUACAACAGAAAAUGCACGUGUAAGAGCAGUGUCACCUCCGUCAACAACGUUAACUGCAUUUUUCUCAAUGUCCCGGAAUGAUAUUUUUGCAAAGACGCUACUUUACUCUGAAGUGCCAACAUAUUACACAUGGAAUGCAUCAGCGAAACAUUUUCAAUGUCGCAAACAGGGUAAAGCAUUUGAAGGACACCCCAAUUUAUAUUCGGCCCAAGCAUUAAGCCGUCUGUCUACUGCUCACCCAAACAAUGCAGAAUGCUUUUACUUGCGAUUACUGUUCUGUUAAUCAAUGUACAUGGACCAACAUCCUUCCAAGAACUGAGAGCAGUAAACGGUCAAGUAUGUGCAAAUUAUCGUGAAGCUUGCCAAGAAUGAAAACUUUUGGAAAACGAUGCUCAUUGGGAUACUUCGCUCUCUUAUGCAUCGAAUAUUGCUCAAACACAGCAAAUACGCACUUUGUUUGCAAUCAUAUUGACAAAUGGCUUCUCAUCAGAUCCAAAAGAUCUUUGGGAGAAAUACAAAGACUACCGAAAAAAAGAUAUCCUACAUCAUUUGCAUGCAACGAAUCAAAAUCCGGACAUUAAAUUUACACCAAAAGAGUAUAAUGAGGCAUUUGUUUCGAUUGUGGACAUGUCCUUGGCAAUCUAACAAAGCACUGGUAGUGUUAGGAAUGACUUGUCCAAAUCGAUCUGAAAACAAGCUUUUCAAUCGUGAUUUGAAACGAGAAACGCAUUUUGAAAUCCAAGAAUUAGGUAUAUAUGUUUGGAUGAAUCUUCCGAAAUUUGUUCCAGAACAACUCAUAUUGUAUUACAGAAUUAUGCAUGCAAUUACCAAUCAAAUCGGUGGACUAUAUUUCCUAGCUGCGCCCGGAGGCACAGGAAAAUCUUUCCUAAUUUCACUCAUUUUGGCAAUAAUACGAUCACAAAAAAAUAUUGCACUGGCUUUUGCAUCAUCUGGAAUUGCAGCAACUCUUUUGGAUGGUGGCCUCAACAUCUGCUGAUGAAUUAAAUACAUGUCUCAAAUCAUCAGUUUUAUGGCGGCAUGUACAGAAAUUGACUUUGAAGACGAUUAUGCGUGUAGAACUACAUGAUGAUGCAUCCGCUGAACGUUUCGCAAAACAAUUGUUGGACAUAGGGAAAGGGAAAAUGGCAAUUGAUGAAUCCUCUCAAUGUUUUUCACUGCCAACAAGCUUCUGUAGAACUACAGCUACCACCGACGAAUUCACACAUACAGUUUUUCGAAAUAUCGCACAGUAUUACAAAAAUCAUCAGUGGCUCAGUGCACGUGUUAUAUUUUCAGCCAAAAACAACGAUUACAAUGCAAUCAACUUAAGCAUUCAAAGUGAAAUCCCAGGCGAAACGACAACGUUAAGUCCAUCGAUACUGUAUUGAAUUAAGACGAAGUUGUCAAUUAUCCAAUUACUUGACUUGCCAGGCAUUCCAUCGCACGUUUUAAUAUUGAAAAUUGGCGUGCCUAUCAUUCUUUAAUGAAACAAAAAUCAACCACGACUUUACAACGGUAACACUUUUCAAUGAAAAACAUAAUGAAAAAUACCAUUGAAGCUGAAGCUACUAUUUUAAAUGGAAAAUUUAAAGGAGCUGAUGUACCGUUGUCACGCAUCUCAAUGAUGCUAUUUGAAUUCAAACGUCUGCAUUUUACGGUGCGACACGCGUUUGCAAUGACUAUCUACAAAGCACAGGGACAAUCGCUACAAGUUUGCUGACUAAAAUUGUAAAACCCAUGCUACUCCCAUGGACAGAUGUAUGUGGCCUGCUCUCGCGUUGGAAAAACAUCUGAUUUAUUCGUGUAUGUACCAGAAAGAAAAAAAGAAAAACUUUAUGUAUUUAAAAGCUCUUGAAGUGACAUAAUUACAAUGCAAACACUUUCUUUCCUUGAGAGGCCUUGCAACGCAUGCCGGGUUCUCGCUAGUGUAAAAUAAAUAACAAGAUAUAUUUUAACAGUUUACAAAUACAUUUGAUAAUCCUAGUGUCACUUUUCAAAGAAAAUACAUUUAAACUAAGAUAUUUAAAAAAUUAAAAUGCUAAUAAAACUGAGAGACUUCUAUCAGGUUGGCAAAAAAGAAAAUAAGUGAAACAUGUAUGGGAAAACUUGCAAAAUAGGCACUAAACAAAAAAACCCACGUGUCGGCAGGAUGCCUUGAUCAGGGAACAAACAACUGAAAAGAACUUAAGUUGCUUUUAAAAAAAUCACUAAGCUCAAAUGUAGAAUCUGAUAGGGCAGAAAGAGGAUUGUGGAAGAAAGUAAGUAGGUAGGAUAAAAAAAAUAUCUGAAAAAAAAGGAACGAAAAGUAGAGAGGUAAUUUAAAAGAGAUUGAUGGUGACCAGUAGGGGCCGCAUCAAAGUUUUAAAAGGAGAAUUAGACCAUGACGUUCAUGGUAUAUUGUUUCAACGUUCCAUAAAUUGUUUUUAAUGUUUUUACUUAUAAAACCAUUGUUUAUCAGACAUCCGACUCAAGCUUUACAGUAAUGCUUAUGAAAACUAAAAUAGAAGAGAAAAAGUAGGAAUUAGAUGCCAUUCGUUUUACUUCGGUGGGAAAUAUAUAUAAAACUGUAAGCGUCUAUUCUACAGUCAAUUUUUAUAGAGCCUUUUCAUUUCACUUUGCUAAAAUUUGUAUUUGUUAUUACCGUGCGCACUGUUGAAAAGAUACAUUUUCUUUCCACGUGUGACUGUCAGUUUUUAUUAUAAUUAAAAUAUAUCUGUUCACGAUUGUAUUAGUUUUUUGGUUGCUCUGUCGUUUUGGUGGUGUGUGCAGGAUCAAAUUUAAUUUUAAUUUAGUCCCGAUAAUAAAUUUUCAUAUGAAGUAAAACUUUGUUCACUUUUCCAUCACUUAAUACCAUCUUAUAACUACUGAUCAAUAGAUCUCUAUAGACUUUCACUGGUUCUAGUUCUGGUAAUGUUACGUUGCUGCAUCCAUGUACUGGCAUCUUUGCAAAGGUUGGGGAUAAAAUCUUGCUGUUCUAACAGCUCCUAACUGAUCCCAGGGCAGCCUUGAAGUUUUCGACUAAUGUCGAGAUCACAGUGGCAUUGUUCAGGUGGUUCCAUGCUAUUAUUGUGCGUGGGAAGAAAUAUUGUUGAUACUUCACUGUGUUGCACUGAGGCACUUUAAAGCAUUUGCUAUUGUUUCUGGUGUAAUUGUUUAUGGGAAUGUCAGUGGUGAAGUAAGUGUUUAGUGAGCGUUUUGCUCUGAUCAGUCUACCCGGCUUCUGUGGGGUGAGGUACGUGCCUGCUGGGAUGGCCGGCACCAGUCCCAUGAUAACUUUAUAUAAGAAUAUCAGGCGGAGUCCCUCUCGUCUGUCUUUAAGGCAGGGGGGGAUGUCAAAUCUUUUUAAGAGGCCAGUGAUGAAGCCAGGAGUGGUGGAUUUGUAGUCUUGAGCGAUAAAACGCACCGCGUUACGUUGAAUUCGCUCCAUCGUGUCCACGUCUUGCUUAAGGUGUCGGUCCCAGACUAUUGCACCAUAUUCCAGCAGUGGACGGACGAGUGCGAGAUAGGCAUUUCGUUUGCAUGAAGUUGGGCACUGGUUCUCGAGCGACAUUCGCUUAUUAAAUAUUGCAUCUAAAUUUCGACCCACUUUCUGGUCUCCAAGAUAGCUGAAAUUUUAUACUCUGUAUAUCCACCCUCAGUAACAAUAUAAUCCUUCAUUUUAUUUUUUACAUCUCUUAAAACUAAUAAGUAAAAAAUAAAACAAUUUAAACAUUUUAAAGAAAAUAAGCUUUUCUAAAAUGUAUAAAAUAAAUGUACCCUGAAAUUUUUAUUCGUAGGACGUCCAUGAACUGAAUGUUCUAUGCAAAUCUUAAAGACAUGCGGGCAGCGGGAUCACUUAUUUUAUUCAAAUUUACAAGAUCACGAUCGAGGGUAGCAUACAUCAUUACAUGGAGUUUUUGUGGACAAACAUUUACAUAAUUAAAUAAUCUGUAUUAUAAAUAUUAUGUUACAUAACAAUUAUUUGCAGCAAUGCAAGCGUUUAUACUAGACAACCUGGUAUUUUUGGGCGCCCCACGCAUUUUAUUUAUUUAUUUUGCUUUAACAUCUCUGCAGAUUAAUUGACACUUUUUAAAAACUUUUUAGUCCACUUUUGAAAAUCAGGUUUUCUUUCAAGAGUAUUUUUUGUAUAUACUAUCUAUGUGCUGAAAAUCGAAUAGUGUUUAUUAAUUAAUUGGACACACAAAUUGAUUUUCAAAAGUAAGCACUAUAAAUUCACCUACGCUUCCUUAGAUAAUACUACUGUUUCCGUAACAAGUAUCUUGAGCAAUGCAACAACCCCUUUGGGAUUGUAUCACCCAAAUUGUGAAUCACAGAUUUAGUACAUCAAUUUUUACUCAGAUAACCUUAAUACUAUAUUGUUAUUUGAAGGAAAAUCCUCUUGCAAAAUUUCCAAAAGGGGUUCUCAUACUUUUAGCGGUGUUACAAUUUAACUUAUAAUUCAAUUUCGAUUGGCUCAUCCAAAUAAGUAAGGUUUCAUUUGGGACAUAAAUGGGAUGCAAGCAUGUAUUUAAUAUAAUUAUAGGUGACAGUAAAAAGUUCCUUAUCUUACAUAUAUUUUACAUACUUAAUUGGACUGAGAGCACACACAAAAAGUUUGAUUUCCAGAAAUGAUUACAUUUAUUGAAUAAAAAUGGACUUACCUUAUAUGUAACUUUUUUUAUUUUUAAAAAUCCACAUAACUUUUACCAAAAAAAAAGUAUACCUACACAUAAGAUUAAUAUGAAUCUCCAACUUUUACCUUUCAUAUUUACACCUAUCCAUCUUUCACCCACCAACGUUUCCAUUAAAACAUUGUAUUAAUCAACAAUAGACACAUAUUUUUUGACAUAACAACAAUUACAAAUGUAUGAAACACAUAAUUAUUAUGUUUAUCCUGCUACACAUGCAUGCAAAAUGCAUUUAUCACUCUUCUUGAGUGUUUAAAAUGUACAUACGUUUCUUAGACUAUAAAAUAAUUUAUCUUAAACGCCUUUCCUUAAAUUACUCAGGCCAACUAGUAAUUGUUAGUUGCUUCACAAUUUCACUUUUUCUUUAAAUGAAUUUGACUGAAUCGUGUACUAUAAGUCUAUAGCAAUUUAUUUGUAAUAACAAAAGAGUAUACAAGGAACAUGUAACGGAUGAUAUUAUCUUUUGUGUGUUAAGAAUUUCAAAAUAUGUUGUUUUCUUUUUCAUACAAAAAGCAAUGCAUUAUUAGAAUACUUGAAAAUUCUAUUAGCCUAAAGUUUAUACGGUUCUGGGAAUGAAAAAAUUAUGUGACUGUUUAUGUGAGAAUAGUGAAAAAUGUAAGCUCUUUCAUAACUCUAAAUACCUGGAGCAAUAUUGGAAUACAUUAAAUACAAAAGAAAAUUGUUGGGCGUAAGUGAGGCAAAUAUAUACCUAACAAACAAAAUUAAAUGGAGAUGGUAUAACUCUAAACACAAUAUAUGAUAGGGACAUUAGGUGGCAUACUUUAUAAAGCAGUUAUCUAAAACUAAUGAAGCAGUGAAGAUGGCUAGAAGAACAAUUUUAAAACUUAUAAACACAACAUAAAUGUUAAACAACUUUAAAUACUUUUAAAUAUUAAGUUUGAACUUUGUAUCAUUUCUACAACAAAAAAUAAAAUAAUUAGAUUAACUCUUUUCAAACAUACACAAAAAAAAAGACCCGUGACACUCAUAAAUAAUAUAUUUUUUAAUUAAAUAUUUUUUUUUUAAAAGUUAUUUAAAUAUGUUGACUCCUUCAAAAUACAAAGUUUUAUAAUUCUUAGCGUUUUACGGUAUUAUAGCUAUGCCACAAAGUUAAACAUAUUUUUGCCCUUAAAAGCAGACAAAAUUUAAGUUCCAUUUGCUACUCAUGCCUAUCGCAAUUAUUAUUUAUUAAAAAAACAUAAUUUCGAUGUCAUCAAUUACUUUGUAUAUGUUGUAAAUAAUGGUAACGUUUCUGGAUUUACCAUUUUUCAGGCCUAUCCUUUGCUGAUUGGGCUUCAGAAGGCGAUCCACAUUUAUUCUUGUGUGUUGGAAAUGUAAAGAGGGAAAUCCCGAUUCUUUGGAAGUUAAGACGAAGCAAUGGAGCUGAAACAAAAUUAAUGUUUUGUACUUCUGAAUCGUGUGAUCCAGAAACUGAUGGAAUACCUUACGAAGCAAACAUAACAAGGAAUGGUGAAAUCUUUCGCAGUUUUUUGUUAAUUAAAAAUGUGACACUAGAUCUACAUAAAUCACAGUGGAUAUGUUUUAUUGAUACUAAUAGUAAUAGUGGUUCUUCCAGUACCUACACAAAUGCUACAUACAUUCUUUUUGUAUUUGGUAAGUUCAUUGUUGUAUAAAGGAUCAAACAUAUAUUUUUUAAGAACUUGGCAUUAAUAUAUAUAAGAAUGAGCUAGGCUUACCGUUAAGAGAAAGAAACGUAAAGAUUAAAAUACGUUCGGAUUUUUAAUAAUAAUCAUUGUUAUUUUACAUCAUUUUACAGAAAUCGAAUAGAUUUAAAUGCCGAAAAAAAAUUAUAUAUCCGCUUUUAUUUUAGUAAAAAUUAGAGCAUUGUUAUCAUGAAUGACAAAUACAUUUAAGUAACAACUAUGGAACUAUUUUAAGCAUUUUGUCCGAAUGUAAAAGUUAUGAAUUGAAAUUAAUUUGAAAAAAUACGAUUUAAUUUUAAUCGUAAUUACAUUGUUCGGGAAAUAACCAACAUCUGUUAUUUUUAGUGGGCUUUUUAUGCACUGUUAAUAUUUGGAAAAAAAAAAUAAUUUGAUUCUAAAUAAAUACGCAAAUGACAUCAUAACGUGAUUACAUAUUUAAGCCGUAGCUCUAAGUUACUUUGAUUUAAAAACUGCGUGUGAUUGAACUGAAAAUGUAUUUUCCCCUUCUUAAAAGUAAAAUUCAAAAAUAUAAUUGAUUACUUUUUUAAAUUGCUAAAAUUUAAUAAAAUUAAAUACAAUUUAGCUUUGUAUUUAAAUAUUUAAAAAAUGUUUACUUCUUUUCAUUCCAAAUGUAUAUUUUUUAAAACGCAUUAAGUUGUAAAAACUUAACCUUUAAAUAUAAUUUUAAUAAGAAAAUUCCCUUUAAAUUAAAAAUAUACAUCGAAACUAUAUGGCCAAAUAAAAUUCACUAAUUCACUUAUUACUCAUCCAAAUAAUAACAACAAAUAUGAAAUGCAAAAUAUUGUUUUGCGUAAAUAAGGGUUUCAAUCCAGUGGAUCAUUUUUAUUUAUUUUUACGCAACAGACGGAAAAAAAUAUUUUCUACUUAAAAUGUGCUUAAAAAAGUAAUUAAAAUACAUGCACCUUUAUUAGUUUGAUCGGCAUUGCAACACAUACCGGGUUUAGCUAGGGCCUUACACAAUUAAAACAAAACAUACAGUAUUAACUUACUCUCUAAUACAAAUUACAAUUUGAUAUUAAUUAUCAGCAAUGCAAAAUUGUUAUUUCUUAAUAGAAAAAAUAACGAUCUAAAUUGUAUUUUAUUUUCAAUUAAUUUUAACAUUAUUAUUUUUUGAAGUAUUUUUUUUUUUAAAGGUAAAACCGUUUUAGUACACCAAACUAUUUAAAAAAUGAAUUCUCUUUAUUUAAGCUUUGCCAGAGGAAGUUACAUGUUACUAUCCAAUUCUUGUUGGAAAAGAUGAUAUUGAAGUGCAAUGUUCUACUGGCAAAAUUUCACCUGAGGCAGUAUGCGAGUUUUUUUCCAAAACAAAUGUAAGUUACAAAUGAUUUAAGAAAGUAUUGCGGUAGAUGAACACGUAACGGUUAAUCACGCAUGGGAGGAAGAGCUACUUAAAAAUGACAAACUAGCAAAUAAAGUUAAAUAAUCCAAAAAUGAUUUAGAUUAGCGGUAUUACCCCUUUACGUAACCCUAGAAAACAAAUAUUUCCGAUGUUUCAAGAAAACGAUUGAUUUGAUCCAUGAAAUGUAGCAGUGUAGCAGUGCAAGUGUAGUUUUCUGUUAUGUUAGGGAUGCUACCCAUGUUGCCUCAUGCUUCAAAAUUUCACGUAUUUGUAACUAGAUAUAAAUAUUUCAUAAAAUAUAAAUACAUAUUGAUUUUGUGAUUAAUUGCCAUGCUUUAAUUUUUUUCAAUUUGUGACAAUGAAAAAACGCCCUGAAGAUCAGAUUUAUAAAAUUAGCAAAGUUACAGUUAUCAAGCAUCAAGGAAAAUAAUUUACGGCUUAGCGCCACCCUACAAUGAGAAAUUCUUAAACUACUAAAGGAUCGCAUUAGGAAGAUUGGAACAAACUUAUUUAGAUAGAAAACUAUUUAUUGCCAUUUUAUAUAUAUAUAUAUUGUGUGUGUGUGUGUGUGUCUUUUGCAAAUAGAUGGAAGUAGCUCAAUGCCCGUUUUUGAACGGUUGUGAGUACUAAAAUAUAUGAUAAUUGAUACAACGUGCUUAAGUAUUACGAUUAUAUAAGUGUUUAAAAUAUACAUUGUGAUAAGAAGCUUUUUCCCAAAAUUUAUUUUAAAGUAAAACAAAAUUUAUGAGUAAAAUUUAUUCGCUAAGUUUUAGAAAUAAUAAAUGCUAAAGGCAAUAAAUUUUAUUGGCUUUAUUUCCCAAAAGACAUGAUGAUUGGACCUUUAGAGCAGAUGUCCCUAAACUUUUUUAUCUCGUAGACGAAUUGCCAGUUUUUUCGGUUUUGUGUAGACAUCACUGCUUACCUGAUAUAUUUUUUUUUGCAAAUUCAUUAACAUCAAAUGUAUUUUUGACAGCCGAUAUAGUUCUACUCUUUUUAAAAGAUUUUAAUUUAUAACAGUUGUGAAGUGUAGUGGGAAAGUUUUUAAAAAUAUAAACAUGUUAAGUUUUAUAUAUUUACUAGCCGAUAUACCCGAAGUGGCCCUAGAUUGAAUUAGGACCUGAUUCUCGUUGGACCCCGAUCCCAUUUGGACCUUAAAUCCAAAUGUGACACUGAUCCCGGCGCAGUCCCGUUUUCCCAUUUGAUCCCGAUCUCGAUGAAUAUAUUCAAAGUUGGGAUCCUGAUCCCGUGGGAUCCCGUUUUCUGGUUGGAUCCUGGUUCCAUUGUAGUAAGGAUUAUAAUGAGAUUGUGACAGCCUUGGUUUCUAACCUGAAUAAAAAAACAAUUGUCCCAGUCUACAUAAAAAUCCCAUAGAUAUAGCUUUUUAAAAUUAUGGAUCUUUCUGGAAAACUCUAGAUUGGAUAUUCUUAGUUUUAAAUGCACCUUUGUAUCAAUACGGACAAUGAAGUGUAUUUCUACCAGGCUAGGCAUAUAUCCAUUACUUCAAAUAGAACCUAUAGUGAGGUUGAAUCCUAUUGAUAUUUAUAUAGCUUAUAUUAGAAAAAAAUGAAACAAGGCUUCCGGCUGCAGAGGGAUGGAUAUUAUGAGUUCAGUACCCUUCUUUAUUUAAAUAUUGAUAAUUAAGUGUAUGUAUAAUAAGUUUGGUCAAGAUCCAUCUAUUCAUGUAGGAGUAUUACGCCUAUUGAUAUUUAUUUAGCUAACAAAGGAACUGUGCUUCCUUCGGUGUUUCCCCUGCCCAAGCAACCAGAUAUUUUCUGUGAUUUCUUUACAAGCAAAGUAGCUGACAUUCGAGCUGAGCUUGAUCGUCUUGAUGCCCCUCCCCUUGAGUUGCCUCCUUUCCCUUGUCUUACUUCACAUUUUAAUAUUUUUAAACCUGUUUCAGAACUUGAGGUAAAAAAUAUAAUCCUAAAAUCUAAACAUACGUCAUGUUCUUUGGAUCCCAUCCCAACCCCCCUGUUGGUUGAGUCAUUAGAUAUCUUGCUCCCAACAAUAACCCGCAUAAUAAAUGAAAGCUUAUAUUCUGGCACUGUUCCGCCUCUUUGCAAAUCAGCUGUCAUCAAACCAUUGCUUAAGAAGCCCGGUCUGGAUGAAAAUAAUUUAAAAAACUAUAGACCUGUAUCUAACUUAUCAUUUUUAUCUAAAGUUAUUGAAAAACUAGUCCUAAAACAACUUUUUGCUUACUUAAAUGAUCACUCUCUUCUCAGUUCUAAUCAGUCGGCCUAUAGACAUUUCCAUAGCACGGAGACAGCUCUCUUGAGAGUCAGUAAUGACCUCUUGCGCGCAAUGGACAGCGGUAAUGUCUCCAUUUUGAUCCUCUUAGACCUCAGUGCGGCCUUUGACACUGUUGACCAUGAAAUCCUUUUCAAAACCCUUGAAAACUACUUUGGAAUUUCUGGUUCGGUUUUGGCUUGGUUUAGGUCCUACCUCUCUGAUAGAACGCAAAUGGUCUCUGUCGAUGGCUGUCUCUCCGGCAGUGCUGAUUUGGUGUACGGAGUGCCACAGGGGUCCGUUUUGGGUCCGGUUCUAUUCAUAAUGUAUACCAGGCCACUACUCCUCUUGCUCGGGAGGCAUGCUGUUGAGAACCAGUCAUUUUCAGAUGAUACGCAGCUAUACAUGCAUACCCAUCCAUCUCUUGUCGAUUCCGCUGUCCAGACUUUGCGGGGGUGCAUUGAUGAUGUCAAGUCUUGGAUGACACUCAGCAAGUUGAAGCUUAAUGAUGACAAAACAGAAGCACUCCUCAUUUACAAUCACAAAUCAUCCUCUACCUCAACUCUUCCCACCUCAUUUCAAGUAGGUAACUCCGACAUACAGUUUACACCCUCUGCUAGGAAUCUUGGUUAUAUUCUUUCUAACAACAUGUCUCUCGAUAAACAUAUCUCUCACAUUUGUCGUUCGGCAUACACCGCCAUCCGUCAGAUCAGCUCCAUCCGCCACUACCUGACAGUUAGCGCAACAAAAACUCUAGUCUGUGCUCUUGUUCUCUCUCGUCUUGACUAUUGCAACUCACUUCUGUCAGGUUCACCGAAACAUUUUAUAGAAAAACUGCAGAAAGUUCAAAACUCUGCUGCUAGGCUUGUUCUUAGGGCAAAAAAACGUGAUCACGUCACUCCACUACUCCACUCACUACAUUGGCUACCUAUACAGGCACGCAUUGACUACAAGCUGUCUCUUCUCUGUCACAACUUUUUCUCGGAUUCCUGCCCUUCCUAUCUAACUGAACUUCUUCUGUCUAUUCACCCCUUAGACAACUUCGCUCCUCAGCAGACUCGCGUAUUCUGUCCGUUCCCAAGACACGCACUAAAUUAUAUGGUGAACGAUCUUUCUCUUUCUGCGCCCCCAAACAAUGGAAUUCUUUGCCACUACACAUCCGCAAUAUAACAACCACACAGGCCUUCAAAACUGCACUCAAAACACAUCUAUUUAAACUAUACUACUCUGACUGAUUCUCCUCCUAUAAACCGAUAAACGUACAUGGGUUUCCUUGUAAAAAUGUCUGGUGUGGGUGGAUGAAUAUACCUAUGGUGUUGUUUUGCUUAUAUGUUGUUUUUAUUUCAUUUAUGUAUUUUAUUUUAAUAUUAUGAUUAUGCCUCUUUGCUAUAUUUAUGUACAGCGCGGUGAGCCCAGCCCUAGGCCGGGGUACCGCGCUAUAUAAGACCACUUAUUAUUAUUAUUAUAUAAGGACAAAUGAAGCCCCCGGCCCCAGGGCGAUGGUUAUUAUGAGGUCGGUACCUUUCGGUUUUUUCGUAUGGAUAAUCAAGUGUAUGUGUGCUAAGUUGGGUCAAUAUGCAUCUAUUUUUGUUUCUAAUUAUUUUUAUAUAACUAUUACAAGGGGAAAAAAAAAACGAAUUCGGGGCCUUCAGCCCCCAACCAAAUGUUAUAAAAAUUUCAUAAUCCCUUAAGAGUUCCUUCUGGAUACUGAUGGAUAUAUAUGCCAAGUUUGGUCAAGAUCCAUCAAUCCAUGUAAAAGCCUUUUUGGGACAAACCCACCAACAAAUCCAUAAACCCACAAACAAAUUUUCACUUUUUAUAUAUACUAACCUAUAUACCCGGCGUGGCCCGGAAUUACAUUAGGACCCCGAUACUGGUGUGACCUCUGAUCCCAUUGGGACCCCGAUUCCAUUCUAACACCAAUCUCGGCGCAGUCCCGUAUCCCGGUGUGAUCCCCAUCACGGUGGAUCCAUAAAAGGUCAGGAUCCAGAUCCCGGUGGGAUCCACUUUUCUGGUGGAAUCCUGAUCCCUUUGGGAUAAAGAUUAUGAUGGGAUCCCGACCCAUUUGGGAUCCCAUAUCAAAAAAUUAUUCAAUGAUACUGAGAGAACAGUAAACUCCAGGGCAAUUUAGAAAUGAACAGAACUAAGUAAAAUUUCGAUAUACCCUUAGAUCCCACUAUAUACUCCUUGGAACAAUUUAUAACUUUUUGGAACAUUCUAGAUUAAUUUUAAUAUAUCCUCGAAACAUUUGUAAAAACUAUUUUUCGAAUUAUUUUCCAAAUACGAUAACAAAUCUUAAACAAAAGCCAUAAUUAUAAUCAUUUUUGUUUUAAGUUAAUCGAGGGGCCCAGGGGCCAAAUCCAUAACUGUACCGAUUUAGUUAUGCCUGAGAUAGGGGACCCUAUAAAAAUUAGAUUGAUAAACAAUAAAGUUAAAAUGAAAAAUUUGCCCCAUUAAAAUCUACUUAAUAAUGCCAUAGAUAUAGCUUUUUAAAAUUACCGAACUUUCUGGAAAAUUCUAAAUUGGAUAUUCUUAGUUUUACAUUCACCAAUAUUUCAAUACGGCAAUGAAGGUUAUUGCUACCACGCUAGGCCUAUAUCCAUCAAUUCACAUAGAACCUCUGGCGUUAUUUAAUCCUAUUGAUAUUUAUGUAGCAUAUACAAGAAAGUAUGAAACGGGACCCCCAACCCCUGAGGGAUGGACAUUAUGAGUUCACUACCCUUCGUUAUUUAAAUAUGGAUAAUUAAGUGUAUUUUUAAUAAGUUUGGUCUGGAUCAGGGGUGGCCAGACCUGUGGUAACUGAGAGCCAUUUUUAAAAUGAAAAAAAAAUUGUUGAGACCCGCAUUGAAGCUCUAUGGGUCACGACCCCACUCGCAAUGAAAAAAAUUCUUUUGUGAUUUAUUUUUAAAAAUUACUUUUUUUUUUAAUUUAAUGAUUUUAACAUUUCAAUUGUUUUAACCCUAACCGUAUAUUGAAGAAAUAUAGCUUUACAGUUAUACAAUUAACAAAUAUUUAAAUAUAUAAAAUGUAUGAAUAGAGACACACUGCAUAUAUACUCAUAAUUAUAGUGAACAUUAACGGUUAUGAUUCUGCUGAGAAGCCUUUGAACUAGCAAGUUUCUUUAAAUCUGGUUGGUAGCUAGUAGUUGUGGUGCGAACACGUUCUGUUAGAUGCUAGUUACUACUUAUUGCUGGAUGCUUUGAAUUUGUUCAUAGUGGGCUUCAAAUUGCUAGCUUUGUAAUUUGCUAGCGGUGUUUAGCAGAUGAGGCAAAUUGGCCGACCUCUUUAUCGAUCAAUGCAAAGUCCUCUUCCCAUUCUGGUAGAAAACUUCUAUUUUCUUCUUUAUAUUUUCGUUUCCUGCAACUUGUUGCCAUAUUUGAUUGAAACUUUUAAAUAAUAAGCUACUAACUUUUAUACAUUAUAUAUUUCAAACUUAAAGUUUUAAUUUCAUAAAUUGUUCGCGAGCCGCAAUGUGAACACAGAAGAGCCGCGUGCGGCUCGCGAGCCGUGGUUUGGCCACCGUUGGUCUAGAUCCAUCUAUUCAUGUAGGAGUAGUAAGCCUAAUUAUAUUUCUAAGAAAAAUUAAACGGGGCCCCCGGCCCCAGGGCGAUGGAUAUUAUGAGGUCGGUACCUUAUGGUUUUUUAGUAUGGAUAAUCAAGUGUAUGUGUGCUAAGUUGGGUCAAUAGCCAUCAAUUCAUGUAGGAGUAUUUCUUUCUAAUUAUUUUUACAUAGCUCAUAUAUAGGAAAAAAUAAAUUUGGGGCCCGCGGCUCCCAACCGAAUGUUAUAAAAAGUUCAUAACCCCUUAAGAGUUCCUUUUGGAUCAUGAUAGAUAUGUGUGACAAGUUUGGUCAAGAUCCAUCAAUCCAUGUAAAAGCGUUUGUUGAACAAACAGACAGACAGACAAACAAACUUUCACUUACAUAUAUAUAUAGAGAGAGUCUAUAUGAUAUGAUAUAUGAUGUAAUUAAUUAUUUCAAAUUAAAACAAAUGAAAUUACAAUUUUACUUUCUGUUACAUAAAAUAACUUUUAUGUAUAAAUGCUUUUAGUGUGAGGGUUGAACCUGAUGCCUUAAUAAUAAAUUUUCAACAUUCGGCAUCAAUUUAGUUAUGUUGAAUCUUAAAUCUCCUCGCUAAAGAUAUCCAAUAUGUUUCUUUAUUUUGAUAGGAAUUCGGUAACUACGCUUAAACCCCUUGUUAUUGCCAGCCCUUGAAGAUGUUUUAAAAACUGUUUAACACAAACCUGCAUCUGAUGUCAUUAAAAUAAUUCCUUUAAACAACAACACAGUUGAAAGACGUAUUGAUGCAAUGAGUUAUGAUAUUGAAAUCUUCUUGUGUAAAUAUUUGCAAUUUCAUUCAUCAGAAAAUAUGCCAAAUAAGUUGAAUGUUAAUCUGAUUCUUCAUCAGGUUUCAUGAACAUUUCAGUUUUUAAAAUUUUAACUUCAUAUGUCCUUUUAGAAUUUAUGUAACAAGAUAUAUGUCUUUUUAUUAUAAGGUGCUAUUAUGUAAAUAAAUAGGUACUAUCUAUGUAUGGUGAUUAUUUCAUUUAUGUAAUGCCAAAAUAGAAGUCACGACCUGCUUACAUGAGAUCCACUAUCGUUGACCCCCCUUUUCAUUUCACGGACCCCAUUUUUUUUUCUUUCUGACGUGGUCCCCUUGCAAGUUGACGUCGUUCACUAAGGGUCGAUAUAGUCCACUUUGGGAAUCACUGCUUUAGAGUAAAAUUAUAACUUUUAUCUCAUGUAACUACCUGAAAUUUCUUUUAUCUCGCAAGAAGAGCCAACCACACAAUUUUAUUACUAUUUACUUUUUAUACUUAAUCAUUGGAUUAAGUGAACCUAUGAAAUAAUAUUGCUAUGUAUUCUGUGUGUGUACAACUGGUACUCUGACCCCAAUAUUUCUACGGCAUAUUAAAAAAAAACGAGGAAUGAAUGAUAGAGCGCGGAAAGAGCAUGAUCCAUUAGCUUCCAUUUUAACGACUUAAAGAUAAGUUUCGCCUUCUUAAACUCCACCAUAGUUCAAAUGGAUCUAAUUAUUGUAAAAAUAUAUACAAUUUAAAAAAAAAAAAAGAAAACCAUAUGACUUGAUUUAUUUUUUAAAUAAUGAUUAAAAAGUUUAAAAUAUUAUUAUUCAUGAAAAGUAUAAAUGAUAUAAUGGUAUUAAAGAAUCAAAGUUAAACCUGUUACAUGCAUUAAGCAAGAAAAAAAACGGCAUUUCUUUAUAGUCUUAGAAUUUUUUCAACUUCUUGUUUGAAAAUGUUGCUAUUUUUAAAAAGAAAAAAAUCCUGUAUUUUGUUUUCUUUUACAACAUGCCAAGUAAAAUAAAUAAUUAUAAUAUCUUCAAAGCAAUUAAGAAUUAAAAAUCUUAGAUAAAUAUGGCAAAACAUUAUUUGUUAAAUAAAUAAAUGAAUUUUCGAAUACAACAGAAAAAAAAACAACAACAACAUGCACGCUCCACCUGCGUCUGAAAAGCUUUCUCCCAAGUUGGACACACGUUGUUUUGGGCCCUGGUAGUAAAAAGUUGAGUUUGCAUUUUCUUGCAAUGCGCUUUCUUUUGGCCUGAACGGUAUGCUUUAUACUCUGUUGACUUUGCUCCGACAGUAAGUCUGACACGCCAGCUUGCACGGUCCAUGACAAGUGUCUCCCACGAAUCAAGGUCAAUAUCCAUAAAAAUAAAUGAUUUUGUAGACAAUUUUAAAGCGUUUUUUUUGCUCACCAACAACGCUUCUUACUGGAGAAUUCCUAAACAUUAGUAGUUUGAAAGACUGCUGACGUAUUUUACAUCAUUCAGUGAUAUUUAAACUUGGAUGCAUUUUUUUAAAAAAUGGAAAUAUAACUAUUUUAUCAGCUUUACAUCAUGCGCAAAGAAAAUAAUGGUGCAAGUUCGAAUGCAGUGCAAAAAAUAAAAUAGUGCGAAAAAAUUAAAACGAUACAAACCAAAAAUACCCCGAUGAAAAAAACGUUUUUGGACUUUAGAAAUUUUAAAAAGCGUAUUUAAAAAAAAAAUAUAUGUACAUUUAAAUAUAUAUAUAUAUAUAUAUAUAUUCAACAUUGAAGUAUAGGAGGAAUCAUUAUGGGGAAAACAUUAACUGCAUUGGGCUUGUUGUUAGUGAACUCGUGAUUACUGAGUCCGGGAUUCAGUGAAUGUUCGUUAUUUUUUUUGUGUUGUUUUUUUAAAGUAAUAAAUAUAUAUUAACUCAUGCCUAAAAACCAAGACGAUUUUAAAUAUUUUAUUUGCUUUUUUUCAAGAUUUCAGACCCUGUUUAUGUAAAUAACCAAACAGUAGCCUACGCAAAUUGGCCAUCAAUUACAAAUGGAUACAACAGAACAGAAUGUAACUUGACUUUAUCUGGCAAUAUUCUGGGACCUGGAACUCAUAAGUUUUAUGUUGUCAUGUAUCCUAACGACACAAGGAAUUUCACAGUAAUUAAUACAAGAAGAUCAAGUAACUAUACGGAUCCCAUUAAAAUAAGUAAGUGUUAUAUAAAAUGUUCAUAACACAAUGAAUUGCUUAUUUAAAUAAAAUAAUAUUUCAUUAAAUAAGUAUUUUGACAUUUUAACUUUGUUUUUUAUGUUUAUAAAAAUUAUAUUUCGAGUUUUCGUGAGUAAACGAUCUUAAUUAAUCAUUUAUAAUAAUAAAAAAAGAAUAGGCUGAAAGUUGGAAGGACAUUAUCUCUGACGUUAGAAAGUAUUUUAAAGCAAAUCUAUAUAAGCAUCAUCGACAGACGAAAGGAAUAUAUUUUUGAAAAUGUUGCGUAUGGAAAAUAAAACAAAAAACAUCCAAAAUAAUGUAAAAAUGUAAAAAAAAAGGACUAUCAAAGACUGGAAAUUCCUUCUAAAAGGAACUGUUGAUGCAACAACAAUAGUCGCAUUGUUAUCUCUUGCCUCAGGCUUUCCAAACCCCAAUACAACCAGUGAAAUAUCCUCAGCACAGACAGGCAGAGAAACAUGGCAAAUCCCUCACAUAAAAUGGAGUCAUGAUAAUGAAUACAUUGAUCAUGUGCCUUAAUAUAUAGAAGAAGAAAUAUUUUUUCUAUAAGUCUUAAGAUAUUAAAUGAUCAUUAAAAAAAAUAAAAAAUUAUGGUGUAUUUAACACGAAAGAUCACACAUUUGCGUCAGGGUGUGGGUGUGGGGAGACGGGAAUAAACUAAAGUUUCAAAAUGAGAGAUAUGAGUAAGAUUGCACCAAAAUUAAAGGGUUUUUCCUUUUGAAAAUAGAUGGUCAAUGUAUGUCUCAUGUUUAUCUUUUUGUAUUUUUCAAAAAAGAUUUAGGGGAAGUUGAAGUAAGUCGUUUAUUCAAAUACAUGAUAACUUCUUAUUAUGCGAUCAAUGAAGCAUGUAUAAUUCAGUAUAAUUAAGAAAAAUGACAGACAACUAGAUUUCAAUUUUCAGAAAAUCUUAAAGAAAAAUGUCUUUGAAGAUUAAAAGUAAAACAGUUACUAUGUAAGCAAUGGUAAUAAGUUUUGUCAUUUAAAACAUUCUUUACACCAAAAAAAUAAAUUUCCCCCUGAUUUUAUUUGUUUGAUUAUAAUAAUAUAAAUGGUUAUGUUAUAAUAUGACAAUAUAGGUAUGUAUGUUUACAAAAUAUUACAUACACAUUAUUAAAUAACAUACAAUAAAAUUAAAUGUAAAUUUUGAACCUAGGUUAUCCCAACGCUUUGCUACAUGAUGACUGCAAAGCGACGGACUUCAUAAAAGAAAACAAUAUUGGAAAUUGUACAUGUUACAAUAAUAACACAUCUUUUUUACCUAUACACGUAACGUGGAAUGGCAGUGAGAGUGUUGAUGGUACUUUAACUUUUAAAGCCCUAAGGCCUCAAAAUGGUAAGUAUUUAAAUGACUUUCUAAACCAUUUCAUGACAUAACCUCAUUGGAAAUAAUCUACAAUAUAUAGAAAGCUAUUUUAAAAAAAAUAAAUUGCGUCCUUAUCAUUGUGUAAUAUUUCAUGAAAAGGACCAGUAGAGUAGUUAAAAGGGUGUUCGGUUUGCGGACCGCACCGGGUGACACCAUCUCAGGAGGUCGACAAAUUGAAACAUUGCAUAUUUACAUAUCAAAAACUGCUUGGUCUAACCUAGUUUUAUAAAAGGAAAAUCGAUCAAGCGUUAAUCGCACAAAUUAAAUAGAAAGCGAUUUUUAAUGGAUGUUUUGGUCAUUUCCUUUAACUUGUUUGGACAACACUCUUUUUCCGAAAAUGAUUCUUUUAUUACAUAUUUUGGUACUUUUGAGAUACUACUUUUCCUUCUUUGCUUCAUACAUUUGUCGAUGAAUCCUUUAAUCGAACACACUGGAAUGUUGGGGAAAAGACAGACGACAUCUCAUCAUGCUGUUGUUAAAACAGUAAAAGAUCAGUUUGAUGAGGGUGUGGCGGGAAUUGAAGAUAUGUGUGAUUCUCUUGAAAAUUUGGAUGCCAGAUGUAUAGUACAAGGUCUUUUCAUGCUGACAUUUAUCGGAUACCUUUACCUUUGGACUGAUGUACUUUUGGAAGUUAACCUUACACAUCAGAAUCUGCAGAUUAAGAGCUUUAUUUUUUUUUACAAAGUGGUGACCAACCUAGAGAUCUUAAGAUUGUCCUGCGCAAGAGGUCCUGUCACUUGAUGGAACAUGCUAUUGAAAAGGAACUUUUAAAUGGAUGUAUAAAUAAUUUUAUUCGAGAGAAGAUUAAGGCUGAAGAAUAGAAUGACAGGAGACAAACUAGUAGAUGAUAGACUCUCUGUCAGAAAAAAAACCAAUAGUGAGAUAAAGGAGUGUAUUGAUCACUUUCAUUUUAAGCUCCAGGUCAGAUCAUCAGCAAUGAACGAAGUAGCAGAUAUGAUUUAGGAUGUUCAACCCAAGAUUCCACUAUCAGCAUGUGAAGAAAUGCCAAUGUCUUAGCAUACAAUUAAAGUGGCUGAUAUUGAAUUUCACAAAGUCCAGGACUGGUCAGUCUUUGAUGUUUUAUUUUUAAAUGCAUAGCUAAAUAGGACUUAUUUGAAUCUCUUCCAAUACUCUCGCUAAGACUUCAAAAGAUCCAUACGACCUGUGUGUCUGUGAAAUCAUGUGACCGAUGCUUUUCGAACUAAUUACGAUCCACCAUGGGACAGUCAAUGAUUUUUUUAUCUGGCUCUACUACCAAUUGAAAGUGAUACGGUGAAGUAUAUUGAAUUUGAUCAAGUGAUUGACGGUUUUGAAGCUUUAAAGGCCAGCAAAGGAAAUUUUAAAAAAAAAGUUAAAUUUAAGGUAAAAAUAACCAUAACUUUACAUUGUUACAGCUCUUAAAUAAACUUACCACUUGACCUUCAUUUAAUUUUAUUUUGGUCUUGUCAUUCUUAUGCCGUGGACUUAUUUUAACAAGAAUAAAUCCAUCAUUAAAGUAAGGGAGAGGGGGAUUACAUCUUUAGUUUAUCACACAGGGUAACACCACCAAUAGCUACGCAACUGAAAAGGUCAGUUGUCAAUUUUAUACCCUCCCCCAACUCACACAUACAAACAUACACACGCACAUACAGUAUAGUUUAAUUUUAUAUUUUUUUGAGCCAACAAAUAUUUGAAAUUUAAAAAAAAAAAAAAUAUUUUCGACUGAAUAUAAUUUUUCAAAUAUGAAGUUCCAUUGAGAGAAACGAUUGCAUUGCUAUUAAUAUAUUUUUUUUGCUUUCCUUUUAAAUUGUCACAUCAUCAGCCUCUUUAAUGUUUAUUUUAAAAAUACACUUCAUAUUUUAACAUUAAUUUAUAGUCAUGCUAACUAUGAAAAAAUCUUUAUUUUUUUCCAAGGUUAUACAAUGAAAUUCCAAUGCUCUGUUACCAGCCUAAAUUGGACACAUCAAAUAAUCUAUGAACCGAAAGUUGCAUGUACGUAUAUUUUAUCAUAUUUUAUGCAAUAUUAAUAGUUAAAAUAAAUACAUUUCAUAUCUUCAUUAAAAUGUAUAAAUAUAAUUUUUUUCACUGAUAUAUGAGCCCAAUCAAAACCAUGAAGAGAAACUUCAACCUUUCCUUUAACAUUUAUAAAUAAAUUAAGGGCUCUGGUGUUAAAAAUGGUGAAUUUUUUUUGAGACGCCCGUUCAAAAUGAUGCCAAAGUUAUCACUGAAAAGGGAGAAAAAAUUGGGGGGGGGGCAGGACACAUUUAAAAUUAGUGUCAUUAAAUUGUUCAAAAAUUGAAAGGGAUUUAAACCUUCAUAUUUGUAACAUGAUCUCCCAGACUCCCCACCUUAAAACAAAUGGUCUAGCAUAUUUUAAAUGCAUUAUCUAAAGCAGGCCCUUAUCAAAUGAUUUGCAUAAAUAUUCAAUGUAACUUUUUGAAGCCAACUAAUUAAUAUAGGUUACACAUAUCGGAAAUAUAAGCAUUUUAUUUUAUUUGAUUUUAAAAAAAAAUUUAGACCACCAUGUUACUUUUAAGAAAAUAGAAAACAACGAUUACAAAACCAAUGUUUGUGUCUAUCAGGAUCGUUAUGACGGAGUUGGAUUUUUAGGCAUUUGCUCUUUUAGGAAACUCAAACAAGGAACCUAUUAAAUGAAACUUGCUUUUAGGGCUUUGCAAAAUCAUCUGACACUUAAUUUUGGUUAAACAGUUUCACCACUCUUUUUUUUUUGGGUUGGUGCAAUUCUACAAAAUUUAGCCCCGAUUCCCACAUUUUAAACAUUCCAGUUUUAAUUUAAAUUUAGGGAUAUCCUCCGUUCGUACUUUACAAUAAAUCACUAAGACGCGAUCUGCUCCUAAUGUCAUGCUCGUAUGUUCAGUCAAUUCGUUGUGUAUCAGUUUCUGAUAAUUUUUCCUCGACAAUCUCUUAAAUGGAGUCCUCAUUAAUGGUUAGUCUAGUUGACGGGCUGCUGGUAUCACAAUAAUUUUUUAGUUUCCCAUGAUAACUGGCAUCAUGCAAAUCGCUCAAAAUUAAUUUCAUUGGACAUUUUGAUGGUUAAAUUGAAAAACUAUCUUUAUGUUAAUCGUUUCGAAAAAUGUUUGAUGUCCCUAUAUUUUUAAAGGGUAUACAAGCUUAUGAAACAGGCAAAUCCAGUUUUAUUGCUAAAUAAAAAUAAUACCAGUAAAUAAAUAAUAUAUUUGGUAAAUUUAUCAAUCUCUUUUUCUGAUUGCAUAUAAAUCAUUUAUCUUUUUUAGCCACCAAUGUAUCCAAUAAUCUUUUCAUUAUUUCAUCCAUUAUCUUUCAAAUGUAUUUCUAAUAAAAUACAUUCUCAAACUCUACUUUGGUACCGUGAUUCCGAAUAAAUUUACUUUUGUAUAUUUUAUACUUUUUCAGAUCCUCCUCAAAACUUCAGUAUCACAUUGCAUCAAUCCAACAUUGAUAAAUGUGAUGCUAAUAACGCCAACAUUUCUGGAAACUGUCUAGUUAGUGACAUGUAUCCCAUGUCUAAAGUUUAUGUCAGCAUAAACAAUUCGGUAAUCAACCUAACAGCUACAGGAAAAGGCAGUGUAUAUAGUUUCAGCAAUGUAAUGAAUGAGACUGGUAUCUUCAAUAUCACAUGUCAUUAUAACAACACAGUCUAUUUAGGAUAUGAAAGCGAGAAUGUAGUCAUUCAAGGUAAAAUAAAUAAAUUGUUAGUUACAUUUAAGUAUUUAAAUUAAUACUUUUAAUCAAUACUUGUUUUAUCGUAGUGUUUUAGUUAUCAAUGUACUUGUAGUAAAAAUAUAAAUAGAUACUACCUACAUACGCACAACAUUAAUAUAAAACUAUGUAAAAAUUUAUAUUUUUAAAACAUAUCUACUAUGCACGCAUAUUUAUUUAUUACAUCUAAUUAUCAAUUGAUAAAAAAUAAUUAAUUCCAACAAAGAAGUAUAAUACACGUUUUGAUGUAAAUCUAUCGGUACGUUACGUUAUUUAAAUGCUUUUACGAUGUAUCUACGACGAUUUCUUCUUCAUAUAGUUUUGAGUUGGUUAAAUAGUUUUUUACAAAAUUAAUAAUUAUAAAGUACUUACUUAUCUCUCUUUUAGAGAAUAAAUUCCUACCCGUUUCAAUGACACAAUACACUUCCAGAAAAGGAAAAUGUCAUAAUAGUAGACAGCAUUACAAUGCUACUUUGUGCAGUCGCAGUAAUUAUAUUUUGGAACAGUUCUGCAACAUUUUGUUUUGAAACACUGUGUGUCUGCUUGGCAUGAAUGAUUAAAAAUAAUACUCAUCCAUGAAAAAGUUUUCCUCCGUCGACUGUCUCAUCAAGAGGUCUAACAUAUUUGGAAAAUAUAGGUGGUUUUAGCUACGCACCGUUACAAAAGUAGGCACUCUUUCAAGAUGCAGAAAGUGUUUGUACUUUGCUUUUGGCACACAUUGUAUAAAUAUAAAUAUAUAUUCAGAAAUUGUUCAUGCGGUAAAUAAAGAGGAUUAAUCUGAUUCAAUAUAUUUUUAGAACCAAAUGGUUAAUUUUAUAUUGACAGAAGUGAUAGCUAAUUUAAAUAAAGUAACACUAAAACAUUCUGAGUAUAUAUAUAAGCAUAGAAAGAUAAAGAAGGCGACAGAGUGUAUGUGUGUGUGAGUGAGAGAGAGAGAACUAGAAAGAGAGAGACAGAUAGAAAGACAGAACUAGAGUAUAUAGUGCAUCAUAAGUAAAUAUUUUUGUUAAAUUUUAACUGUAAGUUCAUAUCAUCAGCGGUGUUAAACCCUAGUUCUGAUAUAUGAUGCUUUACUACGCUGGAAGACGUAAACGCUCGUUUAAUAGUUUAUUUGUUGAAAACUUGGUACAUUUUGUCUGUCCACCCGCAAGACUUAGCAAAUCACAAGUAGGAGUGCCUCUUCAUUCACCUAUUCUAUGACAGUACAACACGAGAAAAGUUGGACACUUUGAACAGACGCACGUGUAAACACUUAUAUUGUGUCACCUUUAAUGUAAAAAGACGAUGAAUACAUAUCCUUGUGAAUCUCUUAAAUUAACAGGUCCACCAGAAAUUCCGAAAAUUACAAGUAAUUCAAAUAGAGACAUUAAAACUCCAUCUACGACAACCCUUAGAGUCUUAAAAGGUGAUACAAUUAUGUGUCAAUCAAGAGGUGGAUACCCGUCAUCAAAAAACUUAUCUUUAAAUUGUGGAAAUGAGACUUAUUUUGAAACAAGUAAGUACACACGCAAUGGAUAAAAAUGGUUAAGAAAAAUGAAUAAAAUAUCCAUAGCUAUACAAAUAAAAAUAAAACCAUAAUUAAAAAAUAUACUUUCCAUAGAAUUGUUACAGUCAUAUGACAAAAAAACACACGGCGUGCACAUGAACUCAAUGUUCUUUGCAAAUUGCAUAUGCGCGCACGCAUCGGUAUCAAUAAUUUCAUUCCACUUGUCAAGAUCACGAUCGAUGUUUUUAUUUGUCACACAAUUCUUAUUUGCAGCAGUGCAAACGUAUACGUGUAUCCUUGUAUCCGACACUGUAUUUUUCCAACACGUACGACAUUAUUUUUUUCAAGGGUGCCACAAGCCUUUACACGUUUUUGUUUAGCUUUCAGCUGUGUCUGUCUUGUUCGAAUAUUGCAUCACAUUUUGCUAUCUCCAAUUGAGCUGGAAAUGUUUACACUUACACGUCCCCGAUGAUAUUGUGAAUUUGUGUGAUUAUUUUAAUAAACAUUCACAUAAUCCCCAAAACAGCGUUUACAAAUAAAGACAGGCUCAAAGGAAAAAAAAAACUGCCACAUGUGUUUGCUUUUUUAAGGACAGAAAACCUUAAAUACAUUUUUAAAAAUCCAUUAAAAUACGUUAAACAUUUCAGACAAAUUUAAGGAUAAUGUUUUUAUGUAUUGGAAUGCUUGUUUACGACUAUUAAAUUUCAAAUCUACUUAGUGAUCUUAACAAUUUAUUUAUAUAAAUUAACGCAUUUAUAUUACUUACUCACCAUCUUUAUAUAUAUUAUAUAUAUAUAUAUAUAUAUAAUAUAUAUUUAUAUAUAUUUAUAUCCCAAACAUAAUUCACUUGGUAAGUAUUUAACUUACCUACGUCACUGUGUACAUAACAGCAUGUCUAUUUAAGUUCAGUAGCAUCGAUAAAAAAACAAAAAAAACAAAAAAAAACAACAACAAACUAUUACUGUAUUAAUAAAUGUGAUUUUAAAAAACACAACAUAAUAGUUCAGCCUCUGAACAUAAGAUGCAUUUUAAUAAGAUCAGUAUGUUAACUCUUUCUUCAAAAUCUAUGGUGUUAAUUUAUAUUGACGUAACUUAACUUGAUACAUUCAUUAAAACUAUAUUGUCUUUUUUCUUUCUUUUGUUUCAAUCGUUUCAACAGCCGAACAAAAUGUGAAUUUGACAUUAAAUGUAACACAUAAUGUAAUUUGUACGUGCAUUGUCUGGCAUGAAUCAAGAUGCUAUCAAAAUACAACAACAGUUCACCUUAUCAGUAAGUGUAUUCGUAUGAUUUUGAGAAAUAAUAAUUUAUUAACAUGCACUUUAAAAAGCACGUUUCCUAUUUACUGCAAUAUUGUUUUAAUAGUAAAAAAUAGAUACUGAAAUGGGUCAUUUUUGUUUUUCGAUAAAUGACAUGUCUGAAUGUUGUUUGUAUGUUGAAAGGGAUUGUAAAUCAUUGCAAUUUUGACCAAGUUGAAGUAACAUUGCACCUUAGUAAUUACUUAAGACAUGUUUUUUCCCUAUAAUAGACUAAUGAUCCAUAUCCUCUAAACCUACAAAAAAUAUAUACAGUUUCAGAUUUAGAUAGCUUAUCACUCGAAGUUACAGCUCCAGAUGACGAUUUUGCAUCAAUUUACAUAGGAAUUGGUGUAGCUCUGGGGAUUGUACUGGUUUUCCUGGUACUUAUUUUAAGUAUAUUACGUAAGUAAUUUGUUCAUAUGCUGCAAUUUUUAGAUUUUACCUAUUAAACUUUUUAAAUUUUACAGCCAUUGAUGUAGCUUUACUUCGGUGAUGUUUCUUUGUAUAUCGUCGCUUUAAAAUUGCUUUUAGGCCUUAAAUUGAUUUGUUCUUAUUUGAUGAUAUUUGUUUAACUUUGUGUCUUAGUUUAAUGAUUUAAUGCAGUUGACACUUUAAUCCAGUGAAAUCUCUAAUAUUUCAUUGAAUGUUAACCUAGUUCAAUUAUUCUGCACAGUAACUAACAAGACGUCGAUAUUUACUCAAACGUUUCUAAUAAUUUUUCUGACUCUCACUGCUAAUCUCUCUACUGUCCAUGUUUGUCUAUAAAUGGCACUUUAUUGCCCUCCGAUGUAUUCUGUCUGUUUUCUGAGUUUUAUUGUAACCGUAAAUAGUUGUUCUCGUUAUAAGUUAUCUAAUUUUUUAGUAGCUGCUCUAUACUUUCUCUCUCAGGAAAAUAAAUGUGCUUCAUCUGUGCUACAAGUUAGUUGGUCGCCCUGGACAACUUUCCCCUCCCUAUUAUCUAAUUUAGCAUCUCACUUUAUAUUGCUCUAAAAAGUGAUGGAAAUCAUCUCAAUCUGCAUACUAUGUUUUUUAAUGUAAACAAUAUAAUUUCCCUACUUAUCUCUUAAAAAGAUUAAGCCACAAUAGUCAAAGACAUUUUUAUAUUGGUCAAGUUCAACCACUGCUGUAGCCUUACAUAGUACAGUUGGAUGCAGUAAAUUGAAAUGAAAAUAAAUAAAAAUAUUAAUAUGAAUAAAAUAAGAGAUUAAACAUAUAAUUAAAACUUCAAUAUAUUUAUACUAUUUUAAAAGAUUUUUUUUUAAAACGAUCUAUUGUUUGUAAUUUUAGGUAUUCGUCAGUUUAAAGGGACUGCGUGGUAA